AUGGACUUCUUUCGAGACCAAGUAGUACUCCUCACGGGAGCGACCGGAGGGCUAGGUGGCUGCCUCUUGUACAAGCUCGUCGUUGUCCUUCGAGUACCCAAGAUCUACGUGGUGAUACGAAAGACGCCCGAAAAGGCCAUUCAAGCAUGGGCCAAGACAAUGCAAAAUCACGUUGACGAGAUCAUGCACACAGGCAGCGUCAAGUUCAUAUAUGGGGAUAUUACCACCCGGAAGUACGGUAUAGCGGACCACGACGUGCGAGCUAUGGAGAACGAUGUUACUAUCGUUAUCAAUGCAGCCGCGAACAUCAGUCUGCGCCUUCCAUUGCGCCAAGUCGUUCAAGAGAAUUGUCUUUCAGCCCUCGAUUUGGGAGAAAUGGCAAUGAGGUUCACCAAGCUCAUCAGCUUUGUUCAGCUCUCAAGUGCUUACGCCCUAAGUGAUCUCCCGGACGGCCCCAUGGAGGAGAAAUUGUACCUAGUCGACGAUGCGGACCAACUCCUGGAGGACAUCAUUUCGGGCAAGACUGACAACUGGGCUGGCUUUGCUUGGCCGUAUGCCAAGUCCAAAAGGCUCAUGGAGUGUCUGAUGGAUCAAAAGCUGGCGCAUCGACUACCUCUCCUCAUAGGUUAUACGUCGGGCAAGAACAUCGUGGACGAGAUACCCGUUGACCUAGUCUCCAACAUCAUUCUCCAGCACGUCUCACGUGGGACUCGUGGUGUAGUGCACACGUCCUCGCAAUGCUACAUCCCUAGGACAUUCGACGACUAUCUGAACGACCUGGAGCGCUAUGUCCCUGACGACUGGAAGCCCAAGAUGGCCCGCCCUGUCUUCACCACCGACCGCACUGCCCGGCAAUGCCGCGUGGCCGAGUUUUAUGUCAUCAAGUCACGGAACUGGCUGGUGCGAGCGGACCGGUCUCGAGAUCUCGAACAGGGCGGCCCACUUGGUCUGCACUUCGGCGACCACAAUAUUCAGGCCUUCACAGAGAAGCGGGUGAGACGCAUUUUCACCGAGACGAAGGAGCUACUAGAGAUGAAGGAGAAGCGCGCCAAGGGCCAGCAGCUGGAGACCAAAUUGUAG